ACGUUGCGAGGUUCUUUCGUUGUCCGUGGUAACAUGGGCUCCUAUAAAAGAAAGCCUUUGUACAGGGUCCGCAUAGUGCUCUAGCCGAACUCGUUUGUGGAAGACUUAAAACUUGCGAAUCGGAAAUCGUCAUGGCAAAGCUUGUUAUGAUUCUCGCUGUCUUGAUGGUGUGCAUUGCAGUCGGAACGGAUGCCCUGAACUGCUACGCUUGCACGAGCGCAGUAAACGGGAACUGCGCAGACCCCUUCAAAUCUGACGGCAUUGCCACAAGCUCUCUUGGCUGCACCGCUUGUUCCAAAGUCAAAGUUGAAGAUGUGGUAACAAGAGCAUGCGGAGUCGGCUCGGACGGUUGCACUGACAUCGAAGUUCUUGGCAUCACGACUUCCACGUGCAUCUGCUCAUCAGACCUCUGCAACGCUGCCUACCACGUGACCGUUUCCCUGGCGAUGAUCUUGAUGGGAAUUUUUGCUACGCUACUUUAGAACGUCUUAUAAAAACUGAUCGGUCAAAUAAUUAGAAUAACCGUAAUUUGUGAAAUUCAACAUAAACUAUAAAUCGAUCAAAUGUAAUUGUCCGAUCACUAACACACUUUUAUUUUAUGAAUUUUAAAAUUUCUUAUGAGCUG